GGCUCAGCGCGGCAGUCGGGCGGGCUGUGCGCGGCGGGCGCGGCGGCCGCUCUGUGGGUGCGAUGGGGACUUGCUCUCCUUUCUCCGGGCGCGCGUACGGUGGCAGCUCUGGGCGCUCUGCCGUGCUGCUGUAGUCCGGCCGUGGACGGUCACUCGCGGAGACCCGGGACCCUGUCCGCCCGGCCCGGCGGCGCCUCCCUGACUCCGGCGCGAAGAGCGGACGGCGCUGGGCAUGGGGCCCGCGGGGAGCGCGCGGCGCUGGCUGCGCUGGCUGGGGCUCUGCUUCUGGGCGGCGGGAGCUGCGGCGGCCCGAGGAACUGACAGUGGCGAAGUUCUACCUGAAUCCGUCCCCUCCGCUCCAGGGACACUGCCUCAUUUCAUAGAGGAGCCGGAUGAUGCUUAUAUCAUCAAGAGCAAUCCCAUUGCACUCAGGUGUAAAGCACGGCCGGCCAUGCAGAUAUUCUUCAAAUGCAAUGGCGAGUGGGUCCACCAAAACGAGCACGUCUCCGAGGAGAGCCUAGAUGAGAGUUCAGGCCUGAAGGUCCGGGAGGUGUUCAUCAACGUCACCAGGCAGCAGGUGGAGGACUUCCAUGGGCCGGAGGACUACUGGUGCCAGUGCGUGGCGUGGAGCCACCUAGGGACCUCCAAGAGCAGGAAGGCCUCGGUGCGCAUAGCCUAUUUACGGAAAAACUUUGAGCAAGAUCCACAAGGAAGGGAAGUUCCUAUCGAGGGCAUGAUCGUUCUGCACUGCCGCCCGCCUGAGGGAGUCCCCGCCGCAGAGGUGGAAUGGCUGAAAAACGAGGAGCCCAUUGAUUCUGAACAAGAUGAGAACAUUGACACCAGGGCUGACCACAAUCUCAUCAUCAGGCAGGCACGGCUCUCUGACUCAGGGAAUUACACCUGCACAGCAGCCAACAUAGUGGCCAAGAGGAGAAGCCUGUCAGCUACUGUGGUGGUCUACGUGAAUGGAGGCUGGUCUUCCUGGACAGAGUGGUCAGCCUGCAAUGUUCGCUGUGGUAGAGGAUGGCAGAAACGUUCCCGGACCUGCACCAACCCAGCUCCUCUCAAUGGUGGGGCGUUUUGUGAGGGAAUGUCAGUGCAGAAAAUAACCUGCACUUCUCUUUGUCCUGUGGAUGGGAGCUGGGAAGUAUGGAGUGAAUGGUCCGUCUGCAGCCCCGAGUGCGAGCACCUCAGGAUCCGAGAGUGCACGGCGCCACCCCCAAGGAAUGGGGGCAAGUUCUGUGAAGGACUCAGCCAGGAAUCGGAAAACUGCACUGAUGGGCUCUGCAUUCUAGAUAAAAAACCUCUUCAUGAAAUAAAACCCCAAAGCAUUGAGAAUGCCAGCGACAUCGCUCUCUAUUCGGGCCUGGGUGCUGCGGUUGUCGCCGUUGCAGUCUUGGUCAUCGGAGUCACCCUUUACAGACGGAGCCAGAGUGACUACGGCGUGGACGUCAUCGACUCUUCUGCAUUGACAGGUGGUUUCCAGACCUUCAACUUCAAAACGGUCCGUCAAGGUAACUCCCUGCUCCUGAACCCUGCCAUGCAGCCAGACCUGACAGUGAGCCGCACAUACAGUGGCCCCAUCUGUCUACAGGACCCACUGGACAAGGAGCUCAUGACAGAGUCCUCACUCUUCAACCCUCUGUCAGACAUCAAGGUCAAAGUCCAGAGCUCCUUCAUGGUCUCCCUGGGAGUGUCAGAAAGAGCAGAGUACCAUGGCAAGAAUCACUCGGGGACCUUUCCCCAUGGAAACAACCGUGGCUUCAGUACAGUGCAUCCCAGAAACAAGAUGCCCUACAUCCAAAACCUGUCAUCCUUCCCCACAAGGACAGAACUGAGGACAACAGGUGUCUUUGGCCACCUAGGGGGGCGUUUAGUCAUGCCAAACACAGGGGUCAGUUUACUCAUACCACAUGGCGCCAUUCCAGAGGAGAAUUCCUGGGAGAUUUACAUGUCCAUCAACCAAGGUGAACCCAGCCUUCAGUCGGAGGGGUCUGAGGUCCUCCUGAGUCCAGAAGUCACCUGCGGUCCCCCAGAGAUGAUCGUCACCACCCCCUUUGCAUUGACAAUUCCUCACUGCGCAGAUGUCAGCUCCGAGCACUGGAACAUCCACUUAAAGAAGAGGACUCAGCAGGGCAAGUGGGAGGAAGUGAUGUCAGUGGAGGAUGAAUCCACAUCCUGUUACUGUCUUCUGGAUCCCUUUGCAUGUCACGUGCUCCUUGAUAGCUUUGGGACCUAUGCCCUUACAGGAGAGCCAAUCACAGACUGUGCUGUGAAACAACUCAAGGUGGCAGUCUUUGGCUGCAUGUCCUGCAACUCUCUGGAUUACAAUUUGAGAGUUUACUGUGUGGACAACACCCCUUGUGCAUUUCAGGAAGUGGUUUCAGAUGAAAGGCAUCAAGGUGGACAGCUGCUGGAGGAGCCAAAGCUGCUGCACUUCAAGGGCAACACCUUCAGUCUCCAGAUCUCCGUCCUCGACAUCCCUCCAUUCCUCUGGAGAAUUAAACCAUUCACCGCAUGCCAGGAAGUCCCAUUCUCUCGCGUGUGGUGCAGUAACCGGCAGCCCCUGCACUGUGCCUUCUCCCUGGAGCGCUACACGCCCACCACCACCCAGCUGUCCUGCAAAAUCUGCAUCCGGCAGCUCAAAGGCCAUGAGCAGAUCCUCCAAGUGCAGACUUCCAUCCUAGAGAGUGAACGAGAAACCAUCACUUUCUUUGCACAAGAGGACAGCGCUUUCCCUGCACAGACUGGCCCCAAAGCCUUCAAAAUUCCCUACUCUAUCAGACAGCGGAUUUGUGCUACGUUUGAUACUCCCAAUGCCAAAGGCAAGGACUGGCAGAUGUUAGCACAGAAAAACAGCAUCAACAGGAAUUUGUCUUAUUUUGCUACACAGAGUAGCCCAUCUGCUGUCAUUUUGAACCUGUGGGAAGCUCGUCAUCAGCACGACGGUGACCUUGACUCCCUGGCCUGUGCCCUUGAAGAAAUUGGAAGGACACACACGAAACUCUCGAACAUUACAGAAUCGCAGCUUGAUGAAGCCGACUUCAAUUACAGCAGGCAAAAUGGACUCUAGUCAACUUCCUCUCUUGAGGGAGAGAGAUGGCCAGUUUUGGGACAUUGCUUUAAGUGGGAAAGUGGCAGCUUUCUACCCAGUGGCAUUUGGGGAAUUCAGCCUUUAUAAUCAGUGAGAUUCCCUGGUUGACACUUGUAUAGGUGGAAGAUGUUAGUCGGGCAAGUCCAAGUUCUUUUACACAGAGGAGAGCUGUACUGUCUCUUUUGAAUCUAUACACAGGUUAACGAUAGAUGCAAGGAUAGAUUUGAAAUGGCCAGGAUAGAAGGGAGGGCAUAUCUACAGUAUCUGAAGUAGCUGUGGAAAGAGGUGAGCUAUGAUAAAUCUAGGAGGCAGAUUGCUUAAGUGCAUGUUCUAAAACAGGCUUUUAAUGAUAUGCCCCAUAGGAUCAGCUGAUCAUGAUACCAGAUUGUCAGAGUUUGUCUACUAACUGGCAUCUGUGAGUUUGGGAAUCAUUGUAAAACUGGUUUUUACAAUGAAACAUAGUUGCCAAUCCAUUCUUAGGACUUCACCAUUGUGAAGGAGGCACACAGAAUUUAGAAUCUGAAUCUGUCGCACCAGCACCAAUUUCCUGUCUGUACUAGCCACGUAAUGGAAACAAGAUUGAAAACUACAAGAACAAACUAGUUCUUGUAGUGUACCUCACUUUCAUUUUUUCCAGGAGACAAACCCACCCAUAAUCUUUCUUGACCCACUGGAAUAGAAUAAGUUCAAGGAACAUAACGAGACUUUUUGGUAUGAAAAUUUAUUCCAUCUCUAUUCCCAGAUAUUCCAUUCCAUUCAAACUGCCGAGUGUCAUUAGAGCACAACUGAUUACAUGGACAUGGAGAUAUAGCAAAGGUCCAGCCAGAUCAAGGAUACAUUUGAGCUGAGACAUCGUAGUUCUUAAAUAAGCGGUCACUCUGAGAGACAGAUGUCAAUCAGUCUAGUGCAGGGGCAGAUUUGUGAUAAGGGAAUGAGAAGUUUUACUAUGCUUUCCAACCCAAAUUCUAGAAAUUCUCAAGCUUUUCAGUUUUAUGUCAUCACAAAACCUCUCUGUAGGGCUGUAAGAUCUCAUCCUUUUGCCUCUUGGAGAGUUAGCAGAUGGUCUUUGCUCUAAGUGAUAUGUCAGUAAACAGACCUAAGGAAUACCUCUGCUGUGGUAACCCUGGAAUCACACGCAUCCUGCAGGAGCCUCAGGCUCAGACUGCUCACCUUUAUCACAUAGUAUUCUUUGGAGAGUUAUUAAUACGUGGCUAUCACUUUAUCAUUGCUUUAAAAGAGGAGUCAGUAAUAUCAUAAAGAAUGAAAAUUAUGGAUGAUUCACAAUACUCAUCAGUUGACUCUAUCUCUUUAUCCUUUUCAAUUAUUUUUGACAAAAUAGACUAAAGAUGAACAGAUAAGAGUAGCAUUCUACUGCUCAUCCUCUGGUAGAUGUUCCCAUUAGCUGUUCACAAUCAGAACAACCAAAGUCAACCAAGAUGAACCACAUGGCAGCUCAUCAGGUACUUAGAGGUUGGCUACCUUAGAAUAGGAUAAAAGUAGCCAAGGAAUGAAAGAAACAAGGAAUACUUGACAAUGGCAUAUGAUCGGGUUUUUUAAAAAGUUUUUUGUAAAUCCCUUGUUUAAAAAAAAAAAAAAAAAGUAUUAUGGAUCUCCUCUCGAGAGGAAAGAGAGCUGAAGCCAGGUAGAAUUUAGGAUACCAUGGGUAAGCACUGAAGAAGUCUUCAGUGCACUGGCCAUUUUCUCUAACUGAUGUGUGGUAUACGUGGUCCCCUGUAGUAGAUAGAAGGCUUUGCUGUAUGUAACUCAAAAGCAUUUGCUUUUCUCAGGAACCAAAGGCUUAUUACAUAAAACAAACAAAUCAUCUUAGAACCAUCAAGCAUAUUUUCAAAAUAUCAUACCUAGGUCAGGGAAACACCGUUUUGCUAAUGUGCUCCACUUGUUUAUUUCUUCUGGGGAAUAACUCAGAGACAAUAUGAAAAUGUGAUUCACUUGAUAUUACUAAUAGAUCUUAGAAAGAGAGAGGUGAAAAUGGAUGGCCAGUCACAGUACACUAGUCAGUUGCCUGGCAUCGCUGGGUGCAGACAGACUGUGUUAAUCUGUAGAGAAAUAACCUGUCUACGCACACUGGGGAGCUUAUGUUAACGUACACCUUGGAAGAUUUCAUUUUAAAUCACCUUCACUUUUUUCUCUUUCCUUCUAAUAGGCCUAUUAGCUGUUUCAUCUGUUCGAUGAAUCCACACAAGUCCUUUGUUGAAUUUUUUAAAAUAUUUUAAAAGAGAUGAAAUUUAAGUGAUUUCCCUUGGAACCUCUCUUGAUUACUUUAAAAUAAGAUGAAAUUAUGUUUAAUCUCAGAAUGCAAAAUUUUCCCCAUUUUGGGGAUUUUUCUUUUGGCCAGGAUUUAUCGACACCUUUGAACAUCACAUCACUUACAGGGAAAGGUUAAUAUGAAUCUCCUCAGAUUUCAACCCAAGUUUCAUUCAGAUUCUUUUUUGUUGUUUCUGGUUUUCCUUUUUUUUUUUUUUUUUUUUGUCUUUUUCUUUUUUUAUCGGUACCGGGGAUCGAACUCACAACCACUUGCCUGCAAGGCAGGUGCUUAUGCCGCUGAGCUAAAUCUCUAGCCACUUCUGUUUUUCCUUUAUGUUUCUUUCUGCAGUUAUUCUACUACACAGGCUUUCUAUAAUAAUGUAUGAAAUUCUGUAGUUGCUAAAUGUUCAGUAUCAUGCAGUGCUUUACAACAGAACUUCAAAAAGAACCCAGGGUUGUGAGAUUUAUAGCCCAAGAUAUGUGUGUAGGGCAAAGGGAUUGCCAGUCACAGUAAGUUUGCAUUUGAACGUAUGGUUAAUUACUGGGACCCAAAGCUUUUUCUAUGAUACUUCCUGUCGCUACACUAAUAUCUGUCUUGAAAGAUAUUUACUCCUUAGUCUAAGCACUUACUUUGGAAGUCUUAUGGUUUGAGUACAAAGUAAAGCAAAAAUCAAAAAUGGCCCUAAAUUCUUUGCAGGUUUUUUUUUUUUUUUUCCAAACCAUCCCACUUAAUGCCAAAUCUUUCAGUGCUCACAGACAUUUAAAUCUAACAGGCAUGCUUUAAACAUGACUAAAAAUUAUUCCACCAAAAUGUUACAAUUCAUAGCUUCGCCAGACUACAGCAUCAUAAAGUUAAAUUCACAAUCUUUACAACGCUGCUUGUACAGUCUGACUGGAUUACAUUAGAAUCCUUUAAGCCAAAAGGACGCUCACUGUAGAUUUAAAUACGAACUUCAUUUACUGGUUUAGGCAGUCUCAUAAAAUUGAGAUGUACUCCCACAAAAAAUUUAUUGGCCUUUUUGUAAAAGACGAAAAAGAACUGACAGUUCUCUUUAAAGAGGGGAAUUUUUCUCUAUUAUUUUUAUUCUGACCACAGAGGUUAUCCUGCAUCAUGGUCCCUGUAUUUUUCUUUUAGUUGGCUUUGAGAGGUAAUGUUAAGUCAAAUCACUAAAACGAGAUUCUUCUUUUGGAUUAAAAGUCCUGGAAUUAUUGUAGUUACGUUGCUUGACAAAAAUUCUCCACCCCAGGACUGAUAAACAAAGGUAGAUAGAAACACAUUAUAAUAGGUUUUAGAUCAUGUUUCUCUGCUUGCCAACCAGUGGCAAAGUUACCAGUGGAUUUCACAAUGGUACAAAAGUCUCUUGAAAUGCAUUUGUUUUUCCUUUUCCCAUCUGCUCUUCAGUUUCUGGCUCUCCCUGCCCUCUGUGAAUGCGCCGAAUGCUCUAGCUGUCAGAUGUGUUGAAGAUGAUGUUCUCUGAAGUCUCCCUUUCAGGUCUGUAGAGGUCACAGGAAGCAGGAAGUUGCUGAGCAACGUGUCUGUCUGGCCCAUUGUGGCCCAUUUUCAUUCCUUUCCUCAUGAAACAUUGCAAGGCUUGAAUCCUAGCUCCCCAUUGACUGGACUCGAGGUGACAGCCACAGCAAAUGGGAGAGCAAAAUGCUGGCCUACAGAUGGUGAAAACAUUUUCUUAGCCUUUUGGUGUUCGUUGCCAUAGCGCCGUAUUUGAAAAUUGAUGCUUUAGCCAAAAGCCAAACAGCCACCGUUUCCGUAGUAUCCACUGUUUCGUCUGCAUAGACUUUUUCCUGAACUACAAGCAGAAACGUAUUUUGUCAAAUGUCACAAAAGUGAAAAUGUUACUAAUCUUAGAUGUGUUGCAUAUUUUGUGUUUUCCUCUCCAAACUCUUUCAAAAGCUGCAGUUAUAAAGCUGUUUGGCUGUGUUGACAGCAUGUGGUGUUUUUCGCAAAAGCAGUUCUAGGAGAGCCAGCGUCUCUCACGGACUCCUCCUCGCAUCCCCACUCCGGGGUCGUCAACAGGAUCAAAAUGGCAAUUUAGAACGCUGUCAUUUUGCAGAAGCUAGAAGGGGAGGAAACCAGACCUGGCUGUUAGUCACUAGUGUGUAGUACUGUGAUCUGAAGUAGGAACUUUAACUCCCAUAGAAUAAUCGUGGUUUUUGAAGCAGCUACUCAUUGCUUUUUCCUUUUGCUGUUAAGAUCAUGGAUUUGGAGCGUCCUCACGAGGUGGGCCUGAGACAGUAACAUUUAAACUUCAUGUCUUGGAACCUACCCCCAACUGAACCCAAAGAUUACAAAGGCAGUAAGCUUCAUGUUUAGGCCUAAGCUUGGAAAUUCCCUUCCCUACCCCUUCUAUUAUGUUUAGGUGGGAUUAUGUCUUUUUUCUCCCAGAAAUUUAUAAUUUUGAUUGCAGAAUAUAUAAUUGGUAAUACAGUUCUUUGCAUGCAUGAAAAUAUAUAUAAAAGUUCUUUUUGCAGAAGACCUUGUUACAAUGAAGAUGCCCUUUUGUCUCAGAUUUUGCUAACUGUACAAAAACAUUUCAUUUACUUCAAGCAUUAUGUACACCCAAAUUCCAAAAGUGAACAAUAUUUUCAAUUGAAAACUUGAAAACUUACUAUCUCUGGCAAGUAGAGAUUUAAUUGUGUUCCUAGUGAGUCAUCACAGGAGAGAUGUUAUUUGAAAGACGUGUAUAAGUGGAAUAUCAUGCCUUAUGACUGAGUCACCUUGAUAAAAAAACCACAGACAUCCAAAUAAGAAUUGGAUCAAAUCGUUCUAAUAUGGCAGCAUUCGCUAGUUCUGAUGGUUCUGAGUGGGGCAGUCACACACAGGCAGUCACCUGAGUCGCAUCCUAGAGAAACUGAAACCACCCCUCAGAAACACCAAGGUGUGUGCUAAUGUACCACAUUCCCACUCAGCACUUCUCUGCAGGGAGGUGGGGAAACGCUCCAGCUGCCAGAACCUUCUGGUCAGAAGCAAUACUUUCUCCUUUUGUAAAUUGGAAUCAAGACAGUUUCCAUUCCUUACAAUUGUAUCUGAUCAACACAUGCACUCAAAUCCUGGCCUCGAAAUCCUGCAGAUAUUAACAGGUAGGAGGAAGUUGGCUUAUUCUCCUAGCCCAAAUUACAAACCAAAAACAUGAGUCAUUGUUUAUCUCCAUGUCAGUAUGGCAGAAUUUAAAACAGAUUUUGCUUUGUUCUGUUUAUUUGGGGGAAGGUCCGUGGGGGGUGUUCUUGCAAGUGACUCAUAUCUCAAACCCAUGCCACUCACAACUUUUAUUUGAUGUGUUCAAAGCCAAAAUAAAUUCAGUAUGAUUUGAAAAGUGGGGCUGAACACUAAAUUCGACAUGAAGCUGAAGGAGUGAACAAGCCAGAGGGGAGAGUUUGAAUAAAGCAUGGCCUUGGCUUCAUACCACACUUUUUGUGCCUUGUAUUAUCAAUGUAAAUUCUGAAUGUUGUACAGUAAACUUGGAUGGACUUCUUAGAGAAGGCUGCACUGGCUUCUUUUCAGCACAUGUACAGACCUAUAAAUAUAUAUACAUAUAUAUUUGGUAAUGCCAAACAGCUGUGUUAUAUUGUACUGAACAAAAUGGACAGUUGGAUGUUUUAUGUAGAGUUUGAAAAAAAAACUGGAUGGUUACAGACUUUUCAAGAUAAAUGUACAGACGUAAAUUACCGCCUAUCAGUUAUUUAUGAAUAAAGAGUCUUUUAUUGAGGAUA